AUGGACGCCGCGCGCCCGCCGCCGCCGAUGGGCUCGACGGGGCGGCGCCCCGCGCUGCUGCUGCCGCUGCUGCUGCUGCUGCUGCUGCCGCCGCGGACAGGUACGGAAGGAGGGGCGCCUCUGCGGAGCCGCAGGGGGAUCAUCCAGCUGGCGGGGGCCGUUCAGUGCGCCACUGGCCACUCGGCGCUCGCCUACGUGCGCUACGGGUGCUACUGCGGACUGGGAGGCAGCGGCUGGCCCACCGACAAAGUCGACUGGUGCUGCUUCCGGCAUGACUGCUGCUACACGAAAGCGGAGGAGGAGAGCUGCGCGCCCAAGAUGGAGGGCUACAAGUGGGAGUGCGAGGGCAACGAGGCCAAGUGCGACGAUGUGGACCACGACUGCCAGAAGAUCAUCUGUGAAUGCGACCGGGAAUUAGCCAGGUGCCUGGCCAAGGCCCCCUACAACGCCAUGUACAUUUUCUGGCCAGAAAGCUCAUGUGGCGAGCGGAGCCCCAGGUGUGAGGAUGACUAGGGCGGCCGGCUGGCGUGGGCCCCACAGCCGCUCGCCGUCUCGGCCACACUUGGCAGCCGCCUCCCGGUGGCAACUACCCGUUUCUUCGGUGUGGCCGGUUGCGUGGCAGCGACCUCACUGCCGGCACAGAGCCCACGGACGGCGGGGGCCCUGCACUCUCCAACGCUGCACACCCUGCCCCUGUCGUGUUAAAAUAAAGGUGACCGAGUGUUG